CACGAAAAGGCACGAACAAACUAAACAGUUACUUUAUUACUCUCACACUUUGUUCGACAAUGCGAUUGCCGUUGUGUUUCCGCCUAGCGAAGCGCUAUGGUUAUCCUGCCUUGGUUCGUACGAAGAGCAGGGUUGCCGCAAAAGCGGAAUCGAAAGCUCCUGUCACAGAGCUGAAGCCAUGGCCAGCGUUCAUUGAAGAGCGUAUCCGGCUGUGGGAUGAACUGAAAGCACGCUAUGAUGCAGAGCUAGCAGCUAAGACCAGUGUACCCAUCACGGUUACAUUGCCCGAUGGAAAGCAAGUGCCUGCGGAGUCAUGGAAGACUACUCCAUACCAAGUUGCUGCUGGCAUAAGCAAGGGACUGGCUGACAAUGUUGUUAUUGCAAAGGUAAACAAGGUCCUUUGGGAUUUAGAUCGUCCCCUUGAAGAGGAUUGCACCUUGGAGCUGCUAAAGUUUGAUGACAAAGAGGGAGAACAGGUGUUCUGGCACUCCAGCGCGCACAUUCUGGGGGAGGCAUUGGAACGCCUUUACGGAGGCUGCCUCUGCUAUGGACCACCCAUCGAAGGGGGCUUCUACUACGACAUGCAUGUAGACCAAGGGGGCGUGUCGGCUGUCGACCACCCAUCUAUCGAGACGCUCAUGCGCAACAUUGUCAAGGAGCGGCAGCCCUUUGAGCGGUUGGAGCUGGCCAAGGAAGACUUGCUCCGCAUGUUUGAGUACAACCCAUUCAAGGUGCGCAUCCUGAAGGAGAAGGUGCAGACACCCACCACGACUGUGUACAGGUGUGGUCCCCUGAUUGAUCUCUGCAGAGGACCUCAUGUGCGCCACACAGGAAAAGUCAAGGCACUUCAGGUCACAAAGAAUUCUUCAGCAUACUGGGAGGGCAAGGCAGACGCAGAGUGCUUGCAGCGAGUGUAUGGCAUUUCCUUCCCCGACACCAAGCAGCUCAAGGAGUGGCAGCGUUUCCAGGAGGAAGCCGCUAAGCGGGACCAUCGCAAGAUUGGCCGGGAACAAGAGCUCUUCUUCUUCCAUGAGCUAAGCCCUGGCAGUUGCUUCUUCUUGCCCAAUGGAGCGCACAUCUACAAUACCCUUGUGGAUCUGAUCAAGUCUGAGUACCGAAAGCGAGGAUUUCAGGAAGUUGUCAGUCCGAAUAUCUAUAACAGCAAGCUCUGGCAGACGUCUGGACACUGGCAGCACUAUCAGGACAACAUGUUCUCUUUUGAUGUUGAGAAGGAAAAGUUUGCCCUGAAACCAAUGAACUGCCCAGGGCACUGCCUUAUGUUUGAUGUACGUCCUCGUUCAUGGCGGGAGUUGCCACUGCGAAUGGCUGACUUUGGUGUGCUGCAUCGCAACGAACUUUCUGGGGCCCUGACAGGUCUCAUAAGAGUGCGCCGUUUCCAACAAGAUGACGCACACAUCUUCUGUGCACCCCACCAGAUAGUUACAGAGAUGAAGGGUGCAUUGGACUUCCUGAAGCACAUUUAUUCUAUCUUUGGCUUCACAUUCGAGCUCAAGCUCUCCACAAGGCCAGAGAAGUAUUUGGGAGACAUUGAAGUCUGGAAUGAUGCUGAAAAGCAACUAGAGCAGUCUCUCAAUGAGUUUGGUUAUCCUUGGACCCUAAACCCCGGUGAUGGAGCAUUCUACGGUCCUAAGAUUGACAUCACGAUCAUGGAUGCGUUGCGACGGCAGCACCAAUGCGCCACCAUCCAGCUCGAUUUCCAGUUGCCCAUCCGGUUUAACCUAAGUUAUAUUAGUGAAAGUGGAGAGAAGAUGCGCCCAGUCAUCAUUCACCGGGCCAUCCUGGGCUCUGUAGAGCGCAUGAUUGCUAUCCUCACCGAGAACUUCGCUGGGAAAUGGCCUUUCUGGCUGUCACCACGCCAGGUCAACCUGGUGCCUGUAGGCUCGGCUUAUGAUGAAUACGCACUUCAAGUCAGAGACCAGCUGCGUGAAGCAGGUUUCCGUUGUGACGCUGACCUCGACCCUGGUUGCACACUCAACAAGAAGAUCCGCAAUGCCCAGCUUGAUCAGUACAACUUUAUCCUAGUUGUCGGUGAAAAGGAGAAGACAUCUGGAACAGUGAAUGUCCGUACACGUGAUAACAAGGUGCAUGGAGAGUUCUCCUUGAAUGACCUUGUGGAACGUCUGAACCGCCUCAGGAGGGAAUUCCUCCCCGAUGACAAGUUUUGAAUAAGUCAUCAGCGGCAUUAAAUGCAAAUUUUGUUGUGAA